AUGAAAAGAUUAGUACAUAGACGAAGGGAGGCAACUUAAACAACUACUUGUUUUAGCGAACAUAAAACUGAAUAAGUUGAACCAAAAUAACAAGAUGACAGACUUAAAAAUUGGAAUAUUAUGUUUGGCAAUUUCUUAGGUGAAGGACUUGUCAGAUAAAAGAAAAGGAAUAAACACAUUGAUCCUGCUUUUUUGAGAGAAGCUCCAAUGUUUUUAGGUAACAAUGUCUACUCAAGUCCUUCAGUAAGGGGCAAUUUUGAAAAAUUCAUCAAAGGUGAAAUAUCAGCUUGUGAGUUUCUAAAACUUAAAAACUAGUCAGAAUUGCUUGAUAGACAAAGACCCAAUUCACCAAAAAAAUUUAAACUUUUCAGAAUUGAAUAAGAUGAUAGUAACGCUAGAAAUCAGCCUCAAAAAUAGAAAGGAUUCCUUAAAUUGCUGAAAGACAAAUCAGAUGAUAUCUCAAAGAAAUCAAGGAUCGAAUCUAGAUUUGGUGUUUUAAGAAAUUUAAUUGAACAUAAAAUUAAAUUAAAGGAGGAGGAAGAAAUCAUAAAAAGAAGUCGAGAAUUGAAAAAUGUCGGUGUUAUCAAAUAGAUGUACGAUAUUAGCGAUGAAUAUAUUAAACUAAUAUCAAGAAGAUAUAUGGAAAAAAAAUCAAAUCCAAUUAUAUAGAAGAAUAUUGUUAAUGGAAAUCAACUUAAACUAAUCUAACACUCAAAUCCUUAUUAAACUGUCAAAACAGCUACUUAUGAAAAUGAAACAAAAAAUAAAUAUGAUCCUCCCACUUAAACUUCAGCCAUCAAGUUUUAAAUAAAUUAAAAGGCCAAAUAAUAUAUUGAUGAAUUGUAAGUAAGAGACUUCAUCUAAAAUGAAAAAGCAAAAAAGAAGAUAUUCUUAAAUUCUUAAUAUAAAAAAAUAGUUCAUUAACAAUCUUAGUCUUUGCAUAGUCUUGGGAAUGUCAAAUAAAUAGUUCCAUUUAUUAAGUAAAAUUACUUAAAAAACUAAUACAUAAAUAAUGACUUAGAAUUGAUUAAAUAUAUAACCGAUUUUCAAGUUGAAGACCCUUUUCAUGAUAAAGAGAUCUAAUCUAAAGUGAAAAAGUCUUUGUUAAUUUCCGCAGGGAUAGUACCACACAACAAAAUUUUUAAAAUUCCAUAGAAAUUUCAUAAAUAAUCAUAUUUGAAUCUAAAAGAUGGGAUAUCACAAAAAUCAUCAAGAUCAAUUGAUGAUUCUUUAAACUCAAUUAUUAGUUUAUAAAAUAAAUUAUUGGAAAAGUAGCAUGAAGGAUUUAGUAGAACUAUAAGAACAAUUCAAAAGAAUGAAACAUUAAAGAAGGAAAUCAUUUAAUAAAAUGUCUCAAAGUUACAGGGCCUCAAAAGACUGAAAAUUGGAGAGUGAGUGUCUUGAUUAAUCUAAAUACAUAUCUUUUACAUAUGUUAAAUUUUAGAUAUGCUAA